AUGCGCAUGUGCAUACACUUGGACGUAAAUCAACCUUUAAAACCAGCUGAAACGGAAGAUGGCCCUCCCGAUGGUAUGGUACUUUUCAAAAUGGUAUCAUCGCAUACAAAGGCGGCACGUGAGGGUGGCCCGGUUGUUGCUGGUAAAAUGUUGGGUCUAUUGGCGCGUACGCAGAGCCCCGACGCCUUCACCCAGCCAAUCGGUCAGAUGAUAGACCUAGCGCAAUCUCAAUACUCAUGA